AUGAAUGCAAAUUCAUUUGAUUCUACAAUAUGUGCCAAUCAUAUAUCUUUUGAAUCUAAUCCAAUACGUGUACUAGAAACUACUUCAUUUAAACAAGUAUGUAGGAUUAAAGCAAAUCCUGCAGCUCGAAUUCAUUGGGUCGAUGAGAAUCAAAAUGUGGUUUCAAAUAACUCUUUACUUGAUAUACAUUAUGUGAGCAGAAAUGGGCCAAAAAUAUACAAAUGUAUAGCUUCUAAUGUAAUCGGAGAAACUAAUCAAAAGUUGUUGAUUGAUGUAUUAUAUCCUCCUACUGUUCAUGUUCAGCCAAAAGUAACUGUCAAUGAAGGUGAAGCAUUAGAAAUAGCUUGUCGUGUUGAUGCAAAUCCAGUUGCUUCAUCAAUAUACUGGACUUAUAAUAAAUUUCCUGAUCAAACGAAUAUACGUGAUCAACCAAAUUUACAUUGGUUUCAAUCUAAGCGAAUAGAUGGUUCCGUCUUGAAAAUUCCUUAUACAUAUCCAUAUCAUUCAGGACAAUAUUAUUGUCAUGCAGACGCUGAGAUUUAUAUGCCACAAGAUCUAUGGUUAUCUCAAAAUUUAUCAACUUCCAGUGAAGUAUGGUCUAUUUGGCAACAAAGAUCUAGAUCAUUUGCAGCAGUUAAUUUAACCAUAAACUACUCUCCUGGAAAACCUACUUUAACUGUAGUAUAUUCGACUAAUAAUAAAGGUGAAGAUUAUAUUAUAUUACGAUGUCAAGAAAAUUAUUCAGGUAAACCUGUUUUAAUAAAUAAACCAAAUGAAAAAAUGAUUCUUAAAUUUGAAAAUGUUCAUUUAUUAAAACAAAACACAACUCAUCAACAAGAUAACAUUGAAAAUUUCUUACAAUACACUAUACAUAUAAUUCCUGAUAAUAAUAAUAAUAAUAAUAUGAAUUGUACAUUUCUAUCCAGUUUAACAUCUGAUGUUCAAUGGUUAUUUCAAAGUGAUCAAACAAUAAAUGAUUUCAAUAAACAUAUAAUGAUUGAUCGAAAUCUAUUAAAACAAUGGACAAAUAAUUAUUUAAUUAAAAAUAAAUUUGGUUUAUGGAAAAUUGUAACAUCAUUAAAUUUUCAAUUCAAUUCAAUUAUAUUAUAUAUAAAGAAUUCAUUCAAUAAAAUAAUGAAUCAAUUAAAUCAUGAAUACCCUAAUCAAUUCAUUCCAUAUAAUUGGGAUUAUUAUGUAUUAAAACAAUUCAUUGAAUUUAUAAUUAUUCUUCAAUUUCAAGGUGAUUAUUUAUGUGAAUUAACAAAUUCAAUAGGAAUUGAACAUGGAUUAAUUAAUUUAAUGGUACAAAAAUCACCAAGUUCAAUUAUCAGCUUCAGUGAAGCAAUAUCAAUCUCUAUUAGCGAGCAAACCGCACAUCGGUAUAAUGAAAAUGAAAUCAAAUUACAUGGCCCACUGUUUUGUCAAUUCUAUGGUAAACCAGUUUUAAAUCAAAUCAAAUGGUGGAGAUAUACAGGAUUAAAUUAUCAUGAACAAAAUACGCCAAAUCAAUGGGAACUAAUUUAUAAAACUGAAAACUUUAACGAAUCCAUUCAUAUUGAAGAAACAUCUAGUCUACUAAUUAUCACCGGGAAUCCAGCAUUCAUCACUUCAUCUAGAUUUAAUUUCAAUAUGGAUGGAAGACAAUCAAGUUACGAGGUUCUUGUCCGCAACCUGGAAAAGAUGACUUAUCGAUUCACGAUGUUCACAAUGCUGUGGUUGAAGAAAUUUAAUCAUAAAGAUUAUGGAUAUUAUAAAUGUCAGUCAAAAAAUGAAAUAGGCAGUAUUUCUGAAAUUCGUCAAUUCCAGAAACCAACUUCUCCCCAGGCUAUCACUAAACUGUAUCAUAUUAAGUCCACGUGGACAUCGGCAACUAUAUUUUGGAAGCCAGGUGGAUAUCAUAGUUCAUCAGUGAAUAUGUCAUACCAAGAUCUCUUAAACAAUUCAGUCGAUGGAAUUCGAAACAAACUUCAAAAUUCAUUAUCCAUUUGGCUUAAAAACAUUCAGGAUAUGCAACAAUAUUCUGUUACUUUGGAAGAUCAUGGAAUUACUUCUUUUUUAACGAAUGGAACCGAAUCACAUUUACUAGAUCCUUCCGAGUCACUGAACAACUCAGAUAACUUUAAUGGUCCAUUUUCAGUUCAUUCAAGUGACACUGACUUAUCAAAUAUCAAGGGGAGAAAGACCAACAAAAGAAAGAUAUUACAAAAUGAAUUUCUAAUAAAUACUGAAGGACAAAAUUACAUCAAUAUAAGCGGUUUAAUGCCAAAUCACCUGUAUACCGUGACAAUUUCAAGAAUAAAUAAACAUGGAAAGAGUAAACCAUCUAAGCCACUGGCCUUCAGAACAAAAUUUCUUCACCUUGAACUUCCCGGUCCUAUACAUUUAGAGGAAACUAAGGGACUAAUACAAUUUUCCAAAGGUAAUCCAGCUCUCUGUGCUCAAGUUGAAGUAGGUACCAUCAACAAUGAUAGUAGUAGUAGUAGUACGAGUACUACUACAUGGAAUUCAAUACAUUUUUCAUCAAAUUAUUCACCUUAUAUCAUUAUAAAUAAAAAUACAUUCCAUUCUGAAACAAACAACCGAUAUAUAGAGUUAAGUAAUUGUAAACCAUUAUCAUGGGAUCACUAUACAGAAAUUCCAAUCACAUUACAAAAUAACUUUCAUUUUCGAGCAAGAUAUUGUAUUUAUGGAUACAGCACAAUGUGUACAGAAUAUAUCAAACCGAUCAAAGAUAUUUCAAUGCACAUAGUCAUUGUAGCUGCUCUACUGUGUAUUACAUUAGUAGUAUCAUUAAGUAGUAUGUUUGUUUAUCUUAUAUGCAAGCAUAUGAAAAAAGAUUACAUUUAG